UCUCUGUCAUGUUGGCAGAGUGAGGAUGAAUUAUUUAGCAGCAGUGAAGUAAAGUGAGGUUGGAUGGUGAUGAGGAUGCAGCCUCAUCACCGGGAUACAGCAACAUCCUCCUCCUCCUCCUCUUCCUCCUCCUCCUCCUCCUCUUCCUCUUUCUGAAGGAGCAUCUUCUGCCGCUGACGUCAUGACAGCAGCAUCAGCUGUUAGCUCCGCCGCUGUAAGCCUCUCCACUGGCCGUCGCUCCCCGCACAAAGGAAAUAUAUGAGAUCCCCUCUAAUCCCUGAAAUGGCGACACAGGAGGUUCAGCUGAACGAGACUCUGGCCCACCUGAAAACCGAGUCGGAGACGCUGAAGACCAAGCUGGAGGAGGAGAGGGCGAAGCUGCACGACGUCGAGCUUCACCAGGUGGCAGAGAAAGUGGAAGCCCUGGGUCAGUUCGUCAUGAAAACCCGCAGGACUCUGAAGGGACAUGGCAACAAAGUCCUGUGCAUGGACUGGUGCAAGGACAAGAGGAGAAUCGUCAGUUCCUCACAGGAUGGAAAAGUGAUUGUAUGGGAUGCUUUCACCACUAACAAGGAGCACGCUGUGACAAUGCCUUGCACCUGGGUGAUGGCCUGCGCCUACGCUCCAUCUGGCUGCGCUGUAGCUUGUGGAGGCCUGGAUAAUAAAUGCUCUGUGUAUCCUCUGUCCCUGGACAAGAAUGAGAACUUGGCAGCGAAGAAGAAGUCGGUGGCGAUGCACACGAAUUACCUGUCUGCCUGUAGCUUCACCAACUCAGACAUGCAGAUCCUGACGUCCAGCGGGGACGGGACAUGUGCAUUAUGGGAUGUGGAAAGCGGGCAGCUGCUGCAGAGUUUCCAUGGCCACGCUGCAGACGUGCUCUGUCUGGACCUGGCCCCGUCUGAGACUGGAAACACGUUUGUUUCAGGGGGCUGUGAUAAGAAGGCUAAUGUGUGGGACAUGCGUUCAGGACAGUGCAUUCAGUCAUUUGAAACUCAUGAAUCUGACAUAAAUAGCGUGCGAUACUAUCCAAGUGGAGAUGCUUUUGCAUCUGGUUCAGAUGAUGCCACAUGCCGCCUGUACGACUUGAGGGCCGACAGAGAAGUUGCCAUUUAUUCCAAGGAGAGCAUCAUCUUUGGGGUCUCCAGUGUUGAUUUCUCACUCAGUGGUCGGCUACUGUUUGGCGGAUAUAACGACUACACCAUAAACGUGUGGGACGUUUUGAAAGGAACUCGGGUCUCCAUUCUGUUUGGACAUGAAAACCGGGUCAGCACUCUGCGCGUCUCUCCCGAUGGGACGGCCUUCUGCACAGGAUCCUGGGAUCACACUCUCCGGGUAUGA